AUGGUUGACCCUUACGAUUUUGUAGCAUCACCUUCGACUAUUAGAUCUAAACAAACACGUAAAAAGACAAUAGUAAAAACUUCUAAGAAGAGAAAAUCAAAUGAAAAGCCACGACGAGUAUCGAUUCGACAAGCCAAUAGUAAAUCUAACAAAUCUACAAGAUCAAAUUUACGUGAUACAGAUCAUUUAAUUGAUAUGCAUGAAAAAGAAAAUAAUCCUAAUAAUGGUUUUACUCAAUUAAUUCAAACAAAAAUGAUGGAAGUUAAAAAACAACAAGGCAAACGUACAAAUAAAAAAGUAAGAAUAGUAACGGAUGACAAUCGUUCUCCAUUGACAACUAAAAAACGGCAACGAACAGAAACUGACGAUAAUUCUGAUAUGAUCAAUGAUCCGACUGAAAUAGGUAACAAUCAUCCGCUAUGUACCACAACCAAUGAGCAUGUCAAAGUUGCCAAAACGAAAACAAAACAUCCUCCAAUUUGUGAAUCAAAAGAUCAUUUUUUCGUUAUGACAAAUAAACGACGUCGAGCAUGUCUUUGUUCAAAAAGACAAUUGGACGAACUUGAAUUUGCCCCGGAUAGUGCUCCGACACAAACACCUCAGCGAUACGACGAGGAGCAGCAAUUACCAGAAAAAUCUUAUCUAGAACCAAAUUUAACUUGUGCUUAUCAUUCUCCACUUCCUCUUCUUCUUCCAUCGUCACCUUUGAUGCCACCUUUAGCUUCAACCAUAGAUCUUGAACCUGUUCAAUCUAUAUCAGCAAAUCAACAACAAGUAAAUCAUGAAGAUGUCGGCAAAGAAGAGGAAGACGAAAACAAAGAAGAAGACGAAGAAGAAGAAGAAGAAGAAGAAGAAGAAGACGAAAACAAAGAAGAAGACGAAGAAGAAAAUCAAUUACAUGCAACAUCUAUGAUGGCUGCUCCUCUAUCGCCAGCAAUGCCUCUCAAUACAACUUAUAUUGCUCAUCGAUCAAUUCCAUUAAUGGCACAAAUACCAUCAGCAGUACUUUCAUUAUCAACAGGAAUACUUCGAAAUACCACGACAAUUGUUUCAAAUAAUACACAAACUCAAUUAACGGCAUCCACUGUUGAACAUUCAAAUGUUGAACAACACAAAAUCAAUCUAUCAUUAUCAUUACCACCGGUUAAGUUAAUUUCUAAUCGGAAAGAUCAAGAAACGUCAAUGACUCCAACAGCUGUUCAAACAAUAAAAUGUUCUGUAUCAACACAAACGGGUGAUGAUGAUUAUCCUAUUCAUCAUCCUUGUAAUGAUGUUAGUGUAUGUCCAUGUGUUCAAAUUUAUGCACGCUCUGAGCAAUUGUUCAUGACUAGUAUGUCAGUAUUCUUUCGCAAUACAAUCACAGUAACACCUCGAGAACAAUUAUUUGCCACAAUUAAGAAUACAAACAGAACAAAUAAUAGGCAACAACAACAACCACAAAUAAAUGAAUCCGUUACAUCUUCUGAGCCAACUCCGAACAUUAAUCAAACUGAAAUUCCUAUGCAAAUCGAAUCACGAAUAGAGAAAGAUAAUAAUGCUCAAAUCAAUGAAACAUAUUUAAUUAAUAAUAACAACGACACUGUUACUUCGAUCGAACCUGAGCCUGAACAAACAUCACAUGUUUUACUCGAUACAUCGACAGUAAUUCAUGAAACUCCUUAUGAUAAUUCAAAAAAAUCCGAUGGAUCAUCUAUAAAAAUUAAUAUAAAUUCAAUAGAAGAAUCGAUUGAAAAAGCACAUGAAGAACAUUCAUCAUUCAACUCUUCUAUUGAUCAACAAAACUUUAAGUCAUUAGUAUUAGCAAUGACAGCUUUAAAAGAUGAUCAAAAAAUUGAAUUUAAUCGUUUUAUUGAACGAUUUUCUGUUCGUUCAUCAACAUCAAUCGAUGAAACAACUACACAUUUAAUUACCGAUGAAGAUAAUGAAAAUCCAUUACGAUGCCCAUUAACUGGUAAAGUUUUACAAGCCGUUGCACGUCAUCUGAAAAUCAUUUCGUAUCGCUGGUUAACAGCAUGCUUAAAUCAGCAACGUUAUGUCGAUGAAAUUCCAACAUAUGAAAUCAUUGGUGACACUGUCUAUAAUGAGCAUUCUGGAAUGUCUCGUUCUCGAUUGAAUAACUCCAUUGAUUAUCGUUUAUUAGCAAAUUAUGCAUUUCAUUUCAAAUGUACUGGCUGCCAACCAUUUAUCGAUAAUCGACCAUUAAUUGAACUUAUACAUUUAUCUGGCGGUCUGAUACUUAAAACACUUAAUCAACAUAUUGAUAAUACAGGAAGACAAAUCAUAAUUUUAUGUUCAAAAAAAUAUCUUCAAAAUAAACCAGCAUUACAACAAGCUUGUCAAAAAUUGAAUAUUCUCUGUAUUGAACCAGAAUGGUUGAUUGCUAGUAUAGUAAAAUUUGAUCUACAACCAUUUGAACCAUGGCUAUGUACUUUAUAUUCAUAA